AUGUUGUCGCGUUACCAUCUAGUUAUUCUUUUGUGUUAUUGCCAUCAUGUUCUGGCGGAAGCUCCCUCGGUGAUAAUAAUUGGUGCUGGUUCCGCAGGAAUAGCGGCAGCUACAAGACUCCUGGAAAAUUCUAUUACGAAUAUUACAAUUCUUGAAGCAGAGAAUAGAAUUGGUGGACGGAUUCACAGCGCCACGUUUUGUGGAGAAGUUGUUGAUUUGGGGGCCGAAUACUGCUAUGGAGAAAAAGGAAAUAUUGUGUACGACCUUGCGAAGAACUACAACAUUUUAAAAUCAGAUUCCAUAACCCUGGAAAAUAUUGUGUAUUAUUCGAAUGGUUCUAAAAUGGACACUGAAUUAAGUCGUGAUUUUGAAGAAACAAUUUUUGGUUAUUACGCACCGAAUGAUGACGGUGAUAAUGGUGGAACAGAUGGAAUGUCUGUAGGAGAAGUUAUGAUAGACAGAUACAAAUCCAUGUUGGUGAAGAAAUAUGAGCAUAACUCUACUAUUUCGGAAAUUGUCAAAGAAGGUUUAAGAUAUGCAGCAGGCAAUGUACAGUUACUAGAAGGAUCGUACUCGUGGUUUGAUGUUGCUGCUGACAAUGACUACAAAGAACUAGAAGGGGCAUGGGAUUUAGCUUUCCAAGGCGUUGGUUUCAAAACUAUCCUCAACAUUUUAAUGAAGAAUUAUCCCAACUCUUCAGAAAAACUACCAAUUGACGAUAAGAUUUUUCUAAAUAAUAAAGUAACUGAAAUAAAAUGGACUGGCAAUGAAACUGUCACAGUUUACACUUCCCAAAAUACUUACACAGCAGAUUUCGUGAUUUUUACCCCGUCCGUAGGUGUUCUGAAACACCAAAAAACUAAUCUCUUUAACCCAAACUUACCCUCUUGGAAAAACGACGCCAUUGAAGCUUUCAAUUUUGGCUCAGUUGCGAAAAUUUUUGUCCAUUUUCCCGUACAGUGGUGGAACGAUUCUGACGACUACUUUUCCUUUUUUUGGAGAGACGCAGACUUAAGAUCUAUAGAUUUUCCAAAGGGUCCAACGCUCGAUGGUCUAUCUUGGAUCACCUACAUUCAAGAGUUUGGAAAAAUUGGUGGGAAUGUGUGGGCAGCGUGGGUAAGUGGCGACCUUGUACCAGAAGUCGAAAAACAGCCCUCAAAUAUUCUGAAAUCCGGAGUUGAGUAUGUUUUGAAGAAGUUUCUAGGGAAAGUUUAUAACGUUACGGAAAUCGAUCAAGUUCUUAAAACGUCUUGGGCCACUAAUGAUAAUUUCAAAGGAGGUUAUGUCAGUGUCAGGAGAGGCUAUUAUAGAAAAGGCUGGUCGCAUCAAGAUAAAUUAGCAAAACCGUUAAAAGGUGAAUCGGAAAGGCCGGUUUUGUUGUUUGCAGGUGACGCCACUCAUCCCUUUUUUUAUUCAACGGUUCAUGGUGCAAUUGAAACUGGAUAUAGAGAAGCCGAAAGAAUAAUAAAAAUCCACAAUGAAGCAAAGUAAUU